GCGGCUCAUCUCACCUCUGCUCACUCUACUCACUACGAAAUCUUGACGAAAUCCACGACUAUUGCACAUGUCUGAGAAACGGAGAGCAGAGAUCGAGGCCAAGCGGGCCAAACUCGCAGAGCUCCGCAAGGCGCGUGCAGACCGCCAGAAGGCAGACCAGGACCGGCGCACGUCCGAUAGUGGAGGACCCUCUGUUGCACGUAGAGACGUUGACGACCUCGUCUCCUCCCUCAUUGGCAUCGGCGGCCGCGGCGGGGACAGCGCCCUCGAUUCCCCAGUGUCCUCCGUCCCCGGUACCCCUGCAUUAGGUCAUGUCAAUCUCCCGGGGCCGUCUGCGCUCUCCCUCUCCGGAAGGUUAAGCAGAACAAGCGAUGUCACGUCGGAUACGCGCCUUAGCCUCGGCACGACGCUCAUACAGUCGCAGAAUGGGGCAACGGAGAACCUCAUGGAGCGAGAGAUGACGCCUCGCAUCGUACCGGACCUCAUCGACAUCGAGCAGGAACUGUUUGAGUUGCCACAGAAGGAGCGCGUAGUGUACAACAAGGAGAUCCAAACGAUGGAAGUCGAGGUAGACGAGGAUGCUGUAAACGAGGAAGAGCUCCGGGAACGCAUCAUGCGCGAGCGCGACGCGGUGGAGGCGGAGCGGAUAGCGCACGAGCAGGAACUCGAGGCGGAGAGCAAACAACUCGACGAGGAGAUCGCGCAGGAAAUCCGCGAAAUGACGGAGGACGAGAAGUCAAGCAUCUUCGCCGUGCCGGAGUUCCUAGACUUCGUCGAGCAGUCGACGAAGAUCAUCCAGCGAGCACUUAAUGACAACUACGACUAUAUCCGGGACUAUACGGUCGGCGCGGAGAGCGGACCUGAAGCUUCGGAAGGUCGUAUCAAGGCGAUCUGCGCGUUUUACGAUGAGCGGCAUACGAAGAACCGGUCAAUAACAGACAUCGACUGGUCACCGAAGUACCCCGAACUCAGUUGUGCAUCGUAUAACAAGAACCCAGCCGCUAUCAACGAACCGGACGGCAUUGUGGCAGUAUGGAACCUGCAUCUUCUUGAACGGCCAGAAUUCGUAUUCCAUUCACAGUCUGAUGUGCUCUCGGUGUCAUUCUCACCAUUCCAUUCGAAUCUCGUCUUCGGUGGAACAUACUCAGGCCAGAUUCUGCUUUGGGACACGCGGUCGAAGCAUCUGCCGGUGCUAAAGACGCCGCUGUCCGCCGCAGGGCAUACGCACCCCGUCUACGCGAUGCAGAUGGUCGGAACCCAGAACGCGCACAACUUGAUCACGAGUAGCACAGACGGUACAGUGUGCAGCUGGCUCGUCGACAUGCUCGCGCAACCACAGGAAACACUGGAGCUCAUGCACUCGGGGCACAGCAAGACGGGUGAGGUCGCGAUCACCGCCCUCAACUUCCCCGACAACGAGACGACGACGUUCUGGGUGGGCACGGAAGAGGGGAACAUCUACCAGGCGAACCGGUACGACCGCGCGGGCGCGAAGGCGGGCCUGAACUCGUACGACGUGUACAAGGGCCACGCGGGGCCGGUCAUGGGCGUGCACUUCCAUCCGCUGGUCGGACCGGUGGACUUCUCGGACCUGUUCCUGUCGUGCUCGGUGGACUGGACGGUGAAGCUGUGGCGAUCGCGCUCGCUUGCGAAGCCAUCGACGGUGCUGACGCACGUGCCACCGCUGUACUCGUUUGACGAGGCGGAUGACUAUGUGUACGACGUGAAGUGGCACCCCACGCACCCAGCGCUGUUUGGGACGGUCGAUGGGGCGGGCAAAUUUGACGUCUGGAACCUAAACCACGACACAGAGGUGCCGGUGGUGUCGACGACGGUGGGCUCCGGACGCGCGCUGAACAAGCUGCGGUGGGACCGCAAGGACGGGCGACGGGCAGCCGUAGGCGGAAGCGACGGGCGACUGUACAUCUACGACGUCGGAGACAUGGCGCUCCCGCGGGAGACGGAGUGGACGGAGAUGCAGCGCACGGUGGGCAACAUGGCGAGCGGCGGCGCGCACGCGAACGGCAUCGGCGACGACUCCGCGCGCAUCGUUGCGGGCCGCUAGGAUUCUGCUCGAGUUCUGUACAUACCACGGUUAGGACGCAUGACUAGAGCUGUAUACCCC